AAACAAACAAGAAAAUCAAAAGUCUUUCAAAGAAAAAGCAUUCCACAACAAUAAUACAUCUCUCUUCCUUGGCUGGUUAUUUGUUGAUAAUGAUGAGUGCAACUCACAACAGAUACUAUAAGCUGAAAGGAAAAUGAGACCAGCGUCGUGAUAUUUAUGGAUACAGUUGAAUCUGUCCUAUUCAAGAUGGCGGCGCCGCUGACAUGUGUUGCUUUUUAGCCAGGCGUUAAAUUCGAAAGUUGACCUAUCCAACAUGGCGGCGCAGUUGCUGCAUUUAGCUUAUGGGCCAAUGAGAAAUCGCGAAUAACUUUCCAUAAGGAUUACACGAUACUGACAGGAAUUGCGGUCUCGCGCGCUUCCCGUUGCUUUGGUAACGGCGCCGCUUAUAAAAAAGUAAAGCAUAAUAUUUUUUAGACGAUUUUCCAGGUUAAGGAGCAACAGCAAUGACACACACAUCUUCAACGUCAUCACUGCUGCUCUGUCUUGACAUCACGAAAAAGCUCCAAGUGACUCCUGGACGCUUUUCUGUCUGCUCUUGGCUCAUCCUGGUGUGUGUGAUCUCUGGCAUGAAGUCGUGUCUGCAGUGCGAUCUUGACAUCCGACGCAUGCAUGAUGACUUCUUGGACACAAAGCAACAAAUAACUGUGCAAGAGCAGAUGGAUCUGAUGAAAAUCCUUAAUCAUGCCUACGUCACCUAUCAGGACACCAGCAUGCAGCUCUCUGGAGUCAUCGAUCUCACCACUUUGUAUCGAGCACAAACCGAGUAUCAGAGCGAGUUCAGGAGGCACUGGCAGGAGCCGAGCACCGGUUCUAUUCAAUGGGAUAUGAUAAAGAUCCUGGAGAAAGGAAAUAGGAUCCUGAGGAAACAUCUAGAAGUCUUUGUUGCUGAAGGACUGUGUCCAAAUAAAUGCGGUUUACUUUUUCAGAGUGUUAUGAAUUGCUCUUCCUGCCAGUAUGGGCUGCACAUGUGUCAAUCUGAUGUACCCACAAAGGAUUGCGGAGAGCAUCAUUUGAUAGCAAAAGAGGGCGAGCAGGUGGUGCUGGAUUGUUUUCUCCCAUGGCACACUUUGGUAGCAGGACAUGCUGAAUAUCAUUACUCCUGGAAACAGGGUGCCACAAAAUUUUCACCCGAAGACGAGUUUGAGGUUCUGGUGGUGACUGAGGACUCCAAAAUCGUCCUGAACCAGCUGAGUAUGAGCGAGCAGGGAGUUUAUCGCUGCUUCCUGCUGGAUCAACAUGGCACUACACUCUCACACACACACUUCAUCCUCACCGUCACGCCCACACCCACUUCACCCCCAAGACAGAUCCCCACACUUCCUUCCCUCCCUCAUGAUGAUGUGAGACAUGUCCAGCUUCACACAGACACUCUGAUCAUCACUCUAGCUCUUCUCACAGUCCUGACCCUCUCAGGCAUCCUGGCCAUCAUCCUGUGCAUUGUGACGAGGAUGAGGCGGCAGAAGAAAGCCGAAGCGGAGGAAGAAGGACAGAACACAAGAUUAAGGAGAAGAGACCGGAUUCUACACGAUAUAUGAAAAUGGCAAAAACAGGCACAGACUCUAGAACCUUUUUUUUUAACGACUACAGGUUCCCACUUUAGCAAAGAUUCUUACCUUUGCACUUUCUUGACACAUUUUUGUAACACAGAUUUAAACUUCCAGAGCAAUUCCAAAGCCACAUGCAGCACGUGGAUAUUAUUUUUGUGCUGUGUUUUCCGACAUGCUGCUGUUAUUAAAUAUUAAA